AUGGCUAGCGGUGAAUUAGAAGUAUUACGAUGCGAGUCCAGUCUAUGGUCUGGACACUGUUGUGCUCGAUGCCGGGCCGAACUGGGCCGGAUAAUCAAUAGAGGGGCCAAUUGUCGUGCUUGCCGUGAACGAAUAUGUAUGUCUUGCAGGGAAUAUUCAACUGCCACGCAUGCUCCCGAAUGGCUGUGCAUUCGGUGUCACAAAGAAAAAAUCGAAUCGUUGGAGCCGGCGAAAGAAUGGAUCGUUGAUUUUUUGUCACCAGAAACCAUGAAAUUUCCGAAAAACGAAACUAAACUGGGCAGGUCCCUGACGUUCAAAGACUCGUCUCCGUGGUCGGCCGUCAGAGGGUCACCCGAACUGCGAGCCUACAGCAGCAUGCCACGGGGUAGCAUACCGUGGCCACAGCGGAACGGCGCAGGUGGUGGUGGCGGAGCGGCCGCGCUUGUAGGACGGCCUUCGCCGGCCACCGUUGGACGGACGGGGCCGGCCGUGGACGUCAACACCGUCCACCUGGUAGACACUUGUGGCCACGUCAUAGACAUGCAGACGGUCGUCGAGACGACGGCGGGCACGGCCACCGCCGAAGCAUCAUCGCUGCUGCAGACGUCGGGCGACGUCCACCAUCCCUGCGGCGGCAACGAAUCCGAGGACGACCGCCGGAAGCAAGUGGCCACCGCCCUGACCGGAUGUCUGUCCAGAGUACAAGAAGAUCUCAAACACAUCCCGCCCGGUAAGCUGCUUUAG